UUAAAGUCUGUGAUCAAUUAUUGGUUGACGCUGUAUCGCACUGAGUCAUUCGCAAAAGCUAAUACAGAUCGUGAAUCCCUUCGUGCUUGUUUUACCAUGGCCUUAGAAUUUGUCGGUGGUGCACUUCUUUCUGCUUUUCUUCAGGUUGCAUUCCAGAAGUUAGCUUCCCCUCAAAUUCUCGAUUUCUUUCGUGUAAGAAAGCUUGAUCAAAAGCUGCUAUUCAAGUUGGAAACAAAGCUGCACUCCAUCCAUUCUCUGGCUGAUGAUGCAGAACGAAAGCAGUUCACGUAUUCACAUGUCAGAAGCUGGUUACUUAAGGUCAAAGAUGCUGUCCUUGACGCAGAGGAUCUCUUGGAUGAUAUACAAAUGCUCUCCAAAAGAGAAUUGGAUGCUGAAACUGAAUCUCAAGUCUUUACGGGCUGUACUUGCAAGGUAUUCAAUUUCUUCAAAUCUUCUUCAAUUAGUUCUCGUAACAAGGAAAUCGAGUCCAGGAUGGAAGAAAUCCUUGAAAUCUUAGAAUUUCUCUCAAACCAAAAGGGUGCUCUAAGAUUGAAAACUGCUAGUGGUGUUAGAUCUGGGUUGAGCAAUGAACUGCCACAAAAAUCACAAACAACAUCGUCGGUUGUUGGAACCGAUAUUUAUGGCAGAGAUGAUGAUAAAAAACAGAUCGUUGACUGGUUGAUAUCUGACAACAACAAUUCUAACCAGCCAUCAAUACUUUCUAUUGUGGGAAUGGGCGGGCUGGGUAAGACCACACUUGCCCGACAUGUAUUCAGUGACCCAAGGAUAAACAAGGCUAAAUUUGAUGUCAAAGCUUGGGUUUGUGUUUCAGCUGAAUUUGAUGUUUUUAAAGUAUCAAAAGUAAUUCUUGAGGCUGUUACUAAAUCAACUGAUGAUAGUGGAAAUUUAGAGAUGGUCCAUACAAGAUUAAAAGAAAAUUUGACUGAAAAGAAAUUUCUUCUCGUUUUGGAUGAUGUUUGGAACGAGAACCAAUGUAAUUGGGAAGAAGUGCAUAAGCCCCUCAUGUUUGGAGUCCAAGGGAGUAGGAUUCUAGUCACUACACGUAGCAAGGAAGUUGCUUCUACCAUGCGGUCAGAAAUUCACUCCUUAAAGCAAUUACAAGAAAAUGAUUGCUGGAACUUGUUUGUUAAAUAUGCUUUUAAAGACGAUGAUACUCAACAAAAUCUAGAGUUCACAGAGAUUGGCAAGAAGAUAGUUGAAAAAUGUAAAGGACUACCUCUUGCAUUGAAGACAAUGGGAAAUCUAUUAUACAACAAAUCAUCUGUUUCAGAGUGGGAAAGUGUGUUCCAAAGCGAAAUAUGGGAAUUUUCACAAGAGCGUUGUGAUAUUAUCCCUGCUUUAGCAGUGAGCUAUAUCCACCUUCCUUCCCAUCUGAAGGUCUGCUUUGCUUAUUGUGCCCUGUUUCCCAAGGAUUAUGAGUUUAAGAAGGAGCAUUUGAUGCACUUGUGGAUGACUGAAAAUCUCCUACAAUGUCCUUCAGAAAAAGUUUGCCAACAAUACUUCAAUGAUCUACUAUCAAGAUCCUUCUUCCAACAAUCAGAUGAAGAGGAAGAAGUAUUUAUGAUGCAUGACCUUCUAAAUGAUUUAGCAAAGUAUGUUGGUGGAGGCAUAUACUUUAGGUGGGAAGUUGGUCAAAAAGAGAAGAUACAAAAAGUAACUCGUCAUUAUUCAGUUGAACUUGGACACAAUCAAUAUUUUAAUGGGUUUGAAACCCCAUGUAACACAAAAAGGUUACGUACAUUUAUGCUAACAAGUAGGGGAAUUGAUCCUUUCACUCGUUGGGGUGCCAAUAUGUCGAUACAUGAAUUUUUUUCCAAGUUUAGGCUUUUACGAAUUUUAUCUCUGUCUUGUUGUGACAUUAAAGAGCUGCCUGACUCUGUUGCCAAUCUUGAGCAUCUCCAACUGUUAGACCUCUCAUUUACUGUACUAAAAACACUUUCUGAAAAGAUAUGUUCACUCUGCCACUUGCAAAUACUGAAGUUGAACUAUUGUAGGUAUUUGGAGGAGUUGCCUUCAAAUUUGCAUUUACUCACCAGUUUGUGUCACCUUGAAUUGAUAUCGAAUAAUUUGAAAAAGUUGCCGCCGAGUUUGGGAAAACUGAAGAAUCUUAAAGUAGUCAUGGAAUCCUUUAAUGUUGGUCGUGGCGGGGAGUUCAGUAUUCAACAGCUAGGAGAACUCAACCUUGAUGGAAGUCUAUCAAUUGGGGAGCUACAAAAUAUUGAAAAUUCAGUGGAUGCAUUAGAAGCAUAUUUGAAGAAUAAAACACUCCUUGUAAAGCUAAAGUUGCAAUGGAGACGGAAUAGAGACUCUAUUGAUUCGAAGAAAGAAGAGGAGGUAAUUAAGAAUCUGCAACCUUCCAAAAAUUUAAAGGAGUUGUCAAUCUUAAACUAUGGUGGGAAACAAUUUCCAAACUGGUUACAUUUAUUAUCGAACCUGGUGUCCUUAGAGUUGGAUAGAUGUAAAUCUUGCGAACGCUUACCUCCCCUUGGACUUUUGUCGAAUCUGAAGGACUUGAUUAUUCAUAGACUUGAUGGGAUAGUGAGCAUUGAUGCUGAUUUUUAUGGGAGCAACUCUUCUUCAUUUAAGUCCCUGCAAAGUUUGACGUUCGCCAAUAUGGGGCAAUGGGAAAAAUGGGAAUGCAAAGCAGGUGGUUUUCCAAAUCUUCAAACACUUUAUAUAAGUGAUUGUCCCAAGCUGAAAGGAGAGUUGCCAGAGCAACUUGUUCCUCUGAAAAUAUUACAUAUUACACACUGCGAACAACUUGAGGCUUCCGCUCCCAAGGCUCUAGAUUUAAUUGCUGUAUAUUGUGGAAAGCUACAUUUGGACUGGGCUACCAUGAAAAGUCUCAUGAUGCAAGCACCAUUGCUGGAAAUAGUUUGGUCUAACACUGUUGAAUAUUUGCACAUUAACUGGAUGUCAAUAAGUGAUGAUUGUGUCGCUGGAAGGAUCUUUUCAUUGGAUUCCCUCCCAAGACUCAGGGAGUUGUAUCUCGGUAGGUUUCCUAAUCUGGAGAUGAUUUCACAGGAUCAUGUUCACGAUCAUCUCGAGGGUAUGACAAUCGUAGAGUGCCCUAAAUUUGAAUCACUGCCUGCAAACAUGCAUACAUUGCUUCCAUCUCUCAAUGAGCUACACAUAGGAGACUGUCCAAAACUUGAGUCGUUUCCUGAGGGAGGUUUGCCAUCAAAUUUAAAAUUUAUGAAACUCAAUAAUUGCUCCAGACUAGUUGUUGGCUCACUGAAAGGAGCAUUCAGAGACGAUCCGUCUCUGAAAAGAUUGUCCAUUGAAAAAGUGGAUGUAGAAUGUUUUAGUGAUGAAGGUGUGUUUCCACUCUCUCUUACUGAACUAUACAUCCGUGAUUGUCCAAAUCUAGAAAAAUUGGAUUACAAGGUUUCUCAACUCUCAUCUCUUAAAUCAUUGACUCUUUCUAUCUGUCCCAACCUCCAAUGCUUACCAGAGGAGGGUCUUCCUUCAUCAAUUUCAGAUCUUCAUAUAAUCAGUUGUCCUUUGCUCAAACAACGUUACCAGAAAGGAAGUGAGGAUUGGGAAAAGAUUGCUCACAUUCAAAAUCUGCUUAUAGAGUAGUGAUGUUGUUUGUUUUGAACAGUGAUGCAUUUGGUGGGUUACAAUUUAUUUUUCUUUUGGAUUUUGGAUGUGUAUGAACUACUUUUCUCUUUCUUUUGGAUGUGUUUGUUUUA